AUGGCGGGGAACCCAUCGAGGGCAGUCCAGUAUGGCGGGGAACCCAUCGAGGGCAGUCCAGUAUGGCGGGGGACCCAGCGAGGGCAGUCCAGUAUGGCGGGGAACCCAUCGAGGGCAGUCCAGUAUGGCGGGGAACCCAUCGAGGGCAGUCCAGUAUGGCGGGGAACCCAUCGAGGGCAGUCCAGUAUGGCGGGGGACCCAGCGAGGGCAGUCCAGUAUGGCGGGGAACCCAUCGAGGGCAGUCCAGUAUGGCGGGGGACCCAGCGAGGGCAGUCCAGUAUGGCGGGGAACCCAUCGAGGGCAGUCCAGUAUGGCGGGGAACCCAUCGAGGGCAGUCCAAUAUGGCGGGGAACCCAUCGAGGGCAGUCCAAUAUGGCGGGAACCCAUCGAGGGCAGUCCAAUAUGACGGGGAACCCAUCGAGGGCAGUCCAAUAUGGCGGGAACCCAUCGAGGGCAGUCCAGUAUGGCGGGAACCCAUCGAGGGCAGUCCAGUAUGGCGGGAACCCAUCGAGGGCAGUCCAAUAUGGCGGGGAACCUAUCGAGGGCAGUCCAAUAUGGCGGGAACCCAUCGAGGGCAGUCCAGUAUGGCGGGAACCCAUCGAGGGCAGUCCAGUAUGGCGGGAACCCAUCGAGGGCAGUCCAGUCAGAGAAAAAGGCAGCAACGGCAGCAACGGCAGCAACGGCAGCAACGGCAGCAACGGCAGCAACAGCAGCAACGGCAGCAACGGCAGUAACGGCAGCAACGGUAGUAACAGCAGCAACGGCAGCAACGGCAGCAACGGCAGCAACGGCAGCAACAGCAGCAACGGCAGCAACGGCAGUAACGGCAGCAACGGUAGUAACAGCAGCAACGGCAGCAACGGCAGCAACAGCAGCAACGGCAGCAACGGCAGUAACGGCAGUAACAGCAGCAACGGCAGUAACGGCAGCAACGGCAGUAACAGCAGCAACGGCAGCAACGGUAGCAACGGCAGUAACAGCAGCAACGGCAGUAACGGCAGCAACGGUAGCAACGGCAGCAACGGCAGUAACGGCAGCAACAGCAGCAACGGCAGCAACGGCAGCAACGGCAGUAACAGCAGCAACGGCAGUAACAGCAGCAACGGCAGUAACGGCAGUAACAGCAGCAACGGCAGUAACAGCAGCAACGGCAGUAACGGCAGCAACGGCAGUAACAGCAGCAACGGCAGCAACGGCAGUAACGGCAGCAACGGCAGUAACGGCAGCAACGGCAGCAACGGUAGUAACAGCAGCAACGGCAGUAACGGCAGCAACGGCAGUAACAGCAGCAACGGCAGUAACGGCAGUAACAGCAGCAACGGCAGUAACGGCAGCAACGGCAGUAACAGCAGCAACGGCAGUAACGGCAGUAACGGCAGUAACGGCAGCAACGGCAGCAACGGCAGCAACGGCAGCAACGGCAGUAACGGCAGCAACGGCAGUAACGGCAGCAACAGCAGCAACGGCAGCAACGGCAGCAACGGCAGUAACAGCAGCAACGGCAGUAACAGCAGCAACGGCAGUAACGGCAGCAACGGCAGCAACGGCAGCAACGGCAGUAACAGCAGCAACGGCAGUAACGGCAGCAACGGCAGCAACGGCAGCAACGGCAGUAACGGCAGCAACGGCAGUAACAGCAGCAACGGCA